AUGAAUUGGCCCUUAGAAACGAAAAUAAGUUUACAGAGGACCUGUUUCUUGAAAAUAUACAGAGAUUCAGGAACUUAUUACAAUCUUCUACUCCAUAUGGAAUUUCUGACUUUGAUGGAGGUCGGUGUAUUGAGGGACAGCUACUUGGUUGAGAAGCUGAAGCUCUUACAGGACUUCGAGUACUCAGUAUUCUGCACAAUAGAAACCGCAGGAAACAAGGGCAUCUGGACGGCAGACAUAAGGAAGAUAACAGGGUUACUGAUUCACCAGGUUCAAAGGGCUGUGAAGAACCUCUGUGAGGUGGCCAGGCUUAUUAAGCCAUUGACAGACAUCCACCACAAGAACAGGAAACUGUUCAUACUAUCGACGUUGGAGCCCUCAAUUGAUAUCACAGGAGGAUCCUUUUAUCUUAACGGCGAAUUCAACGAGCUGCUAGUGGAGAAACUACAGGAACAAAUAGGACUAUUCCUAUCAAAAAAUAUCGGGGCCACGAUUGACCAGAUUCUAAGCUACUUGAAGUCCUCAAAGCUAAUCCAAGGGGAACUUGUGGAGAAGGACGUGUAUUCAGUAAUUAAACUGUUGAUAUUGGAGAACAAAGUGUACACAUCGGUGAAGAACGAACAGAAAAUAUUCAUCUGGUGUGGAAACAACUACAUCAAAUUCUCCGAAGAGGCCUUUGAGGUCCCCUGCUUCUCCUGCAACCUAAUAGAUUCGUGUAACUUUGGCCUUGUUCAUAAGAUUUGCCCAUCGAAGUGCAAAUAUAUGACAGCAUGGCUCAGUUAA